GUUCAACCGACUUUAGCAUUGUCGGCGUCGUCUUUUUGAAUUGAAAUUCCGAGCUGGCAGAAAUUCUCAAUCUUUCGGUUGGUUUGUCUUUCUCUCGUUCAGAAUCUCUUCUGCAACCAGGUAUCUGUUUCAUCAGAAAUGCGAAUAAAAGUGACUUUAUUGAUCUCUUGAUCUCCGUUUCUUUGGUUUUUUUUCUUUUUUUUCUUCAGAAGAACAGUGUAAAUUCUAGCUCAGAUUCCCAAGUUCACUUGUGUGGAAAGACUGGGAUUUUGUUCCUGGAUAGGAGUUACAUGUGUAUCUUGUUUCUCCAUUUCAAGUGUUUUCUCAAACUCUGAAGUAAUUCUUCUGGGGCAUGGCUUCGAAAAGGACUUCGCUCAGAGUUCGGAGGGAUCAUCAUGGGUUAUCAUCUGUUUUGGCUUCUGCUGUUCUUGAAUGGUUGUUGAUGUUUCUGUUAUUCCUUGAUGCUCUAUUCUCGUACUUGGUGACAAAAUUCGCUAGUUUCUUCGAAUUGGAAACCCCAUGUCUGUUAUGCUCAAGGCUUGAUCAUAUUAUUGGUGGUGAAAAGCCAGGAUUUUAUAGGGAUCUAAUCUGUCGUGCUCAUAAAUUGGAGAUCUCAUCUUUCGCUUAUUGUCAUGCUCAUGAGAAACUUGCAAAUACCCAUGGUAUGUGUGAAGGUUGCCUCUUUUCAUUUGCCACAGAGAAGAAAUCCAACUCUGAGGCAUACAGAUCAUUGGUAGGUAAGUUGGGCCCGGAUCUCGAAUGUUUUGCUGGUGAUGACGGUAACAUGCAUCUUACCAUGCCUGAAAUUGGAGAUGGAGAUGGAUUGCCGAUUCGACUUGAUGGAGAGGACCUGGUAAAGGAUCCUUUACUCAAGGAUCCUCUACUUGGUUCAGCAGGUACAAGGCACUGUUCAUGUUGCGAUGUGCCAUUGAGGAGUAAUAGAUGUACCAAUCUAUUGGUUCGGAUCAAAUCUAUCGGCGACGAGGUUGCUGAACUUGAUGGUCCUAUAUCAGGUGCAAUGGGACAUCAUUCUUCAAUCCAUCGUGAUGGCUUGAAGAGGAGAAGGGAAAAAUCAUCUGGGUCCGCAAUGGUAUCUGAUCUUGGGAACCACAGUUUCGAUCCCUGGUCACGUAUUGGAUACACAGAGGUCAAGAUUACGUCGGAUUCUGAAUCCGAAGUCCAUAUUGGAUACACAGAAGUCAAGAUUACAUCGGAUUCUGAAUCUGAAGUCCUCAUCUUGGAUGACGAUGAUGGAAGUGAACUGGGUUGUGAAAAUCAUGACCUCAAGGAUGAAUUCUUAGCCCGAUGUCUGAAACCGGAGUCUGGCAGUGUUGAUGCGGACAUUUUACCUGAGACUCUAUCCACUGAUUCAGCCCAAGAGAAGCUCAUCCAUCAAGCUCCAGUGCCUGAGCCUUCAGUGCCCGUCCCUCAUGAGCAACUACAUGUAGUUGAGCCUUCACUGCCAGUCCCUCAUGAGCAACUACAUGUAGUUGGGCCUCAUGAGGCAUCUGCUGUUGUCGGCAGCAUUGAUUCAGAUGUUUUACUGAAGAAUCUGACCACAAGUUUGACCCAAGAAGAGCUCAUCCAUCAAUCUCAGGUGCCCGAGCCUUCACUACCAUUUCCUCAUGAGCAGCUUCAUGUAGGUGAGCCUCAUGAGGUUUCAUCUUUAGCACCUGUUGUUGAUGCCAGGCAUGGUUUGGAGGAGCUUAACUGGGACCCAGUUGAUGAUCAGAGCAAUCCUCCUGCCACAUCUCGUGAACUACCCUCAUCAGCUACCUUGACAGAAGCUCCGGUUGGAGUAUCUGAAGAUAAAUUGGAUGUUACAGAAGCUGGUGAUGUGGUACAUGCUUCUAUCACCGAGAGUGCAGAAAUCGUCAAGCUGGAAGGUGGGUUAGCUUCAAUUGAAUCACAAUUGAAAACUGAGCAGACCAUCAAUGAGCUUGGUCUGCUGAUGCCCAAUUGUAUGGAUCUAAAUGAUGCAUACAAGCUGGCUGUGGGUAACAAGGGAAGUCUGCCAUCUGGUGCCUUCACAGAAAUACCGACCAGGAAGGAUUCCUCUAGAGUCCAUGAAGAUUUUAAGAUAUUGCUAUCACAGAUAUCAGCUGCCCGCGGGUUCGACCUCUUGUGGAGUGAUAUGAGUCCCCGAGUGCAUGUACAUGGUGAUGAUUCUAAAAGCUCUGAUGCUUCUAGCUCUAUUGGACUGCAGAUACUUCAGAAGAGGCUCUCAAGAAAUGAGUCUGGUUUUGAGUCAUUGGAUGGAAGCAUUGUCAGUGAAAUUGAAGGAGAAAGUGCAGUCGAUAGGAUGAAGCGACAGAUCGAGUUGGACCGCAAGUCCAUGAGCGCUUUGUACAAAGAACUGGAGGAAGAAAGAAAUGCCUCUGCCAUUGCUGUGAAUCAAGCAAUGGCUAUGAUUAAUAAAUUGCAGGAGGAGAAAGCCACAAUGCAAAUGGAGGCAUUGCAGUACCAAAGAAUGAUGGAAGAGCAAGCGGAGUAUGACCAAGAAGCAAUCCAAACGUUAAAUGAACUCCUUAUUCAAAGAGAGAAAGAAAUACAUGAUUUGGAAGAAGAGUUUGAAAAUUAUAGGAGAAGGUUUGAAAAUGAACCAGUGGGGGAGAAAAUAUUGGGAUUGGCGAAUGAUUUGAGUGGUGGAGACAUCAUAACCGAAUCCUCUUAUUUGCAUUCUAAUGUCAAUUGUGAUGAAAAUAACACCCAUUUUCCUGUAAGGAGAUCUGAUGGUGAUGGUAAACUCGGCGUUCUAAAGGAUUCAUUGCUAGAUUUUGAAGAUGAAAAGCUGUAUAUUUCAAAGUGUCUGAAAAUGUUGGAGAAGAAGCUUCACUUGUUUUCUAAUAAUGGGAUAUAUACUGAUAAAUGUAAACUUGAUGCUAAUGGGGAUGGCAUUGCUGAUACAAAAUGUGAGGAUUUUAUUUUUCGGGAAUUUACCGAAGAAAGAGGCUUUCAAGAUGAUGUAGCCGGAAAUGGCGGAUUUGUUCGAGAAGAUGCACUUGGAGGAAGUGAUGGAGAACAGAUUCAUUUGAAUGAGAGAGAGGACUUUUCAGCGCAAAAUGAUUCAUCUCUGUUUGGGGGAGGUGCUCAUGCAAAAGUAAGGUGGGACACUCAGUUAAUCACCAAAGAAAAUUGCAGUGAAAAUUUAUUGCGUGCUAAUUUUGAUCACGACAGACCGCAGAGUUCUGUGGCCUCGGGAGGGACUGAUUUAGUUUCUCUUGGAGAUGAAGUUUCACACCUCAAGGAGAGGUUGGAGACCCUCGAGGCAGAUCGGAGCUUUCUUGAGCACACUAUGAAUUCACUUGGACAUGGAAAUGAAGGGGUGCAAUUUGUUCGGGAGAUAGCCAUUCACCUACGAGAUUUACGGAAGAUUGGAAUAGGAAGAAGAGAGCAAGCUGUUGCUUGAGCCUUUGCUCAUGUCAUCUCAAAGGUUCUUCUGUGAUACCUUGGUCAUCCAGUGCUACAAGGUGGUAUCGGGUCUGAAGGUUAAUAUUGCCAAUAGCGAGAUGUUGUCCGAAUGUCCUAGGAAGAGGUCAAUUGGAUGGCAGUGGUGUUUAAACUCAGCGCGGGAACUUUUCCGUCCACAUACCUAUGCGUUUGUGUAGGGAAACCGGCAAAACACUUAUUAGAUAAGGUAGUGGAGAGGGUCAAGCGUUAAGUUGGCAAGAGGGAAGUGUUGGUACUUGUCUCUAGGUGGUGACCAACUCUCAUUAAAGCAGUAUUGUCGAACAUGCCUUGAUGCUUCAUAUCCUUAUCCAGGUGCCCAAAGUUGGUCUUAUGUAGGCUGGAGAAGUUGAGAUGCAACUUCUUAUGGGAUGCUACGGAAUGAAAAGAAGUUCCAUCUGAUGAGAUGGGAGGAAGUUUUGCAAACCUUAUGGGUGGUGGGAGAGCUGGUACUAGGGAUUUAGAGAAGAUGAAUCUUGCCUUAACGGGAAAGUGAGGGUUGGGAUAGAAGAGGGGUCUUUACAAAGGGAGGUAAUAGCGAGUAUGGGUGCCAGGUUGGUGGGUGGUGGGUUAGAGAGUCCUCGCCUUACAAAGCAUCAGGAAUUUGGAAGCCUAUCAAGCUUGAUGGACAAGUUCAGCGAGGGAAUAUGCUUUGAUAUUGGCAAUGGGGAAAGGACAUGGUUUUGGGAAGAUGUAUGGAUAGGGGAAACUCCCCUAAAAAUUGAAAUUCCAUCAGUUGGCGAAUCUCACCUUGGAUAGGGAUAUCCUUGUCACUAGAUGUUACUCCUGGUGCAGUGGGGUAAUGUCAUGUUCUGUCCCAUGUUGCAAGAAUUUGCUUGAUGUAGAAGUGGGGGAGUUAGUGAGGUUAGAAUGCUAUUUUCUAAGUUGCUCGCUGGUGGAGGCUCGCGAUAUGAUGGCAUGGAAAAUGGACAAGUCUUGUCGAUUCUCUAUCUGCUCCUACAAGAUACUUCUAUCUUCGUUGGCAGGUGAGGAGAUGUGUUCAGACAGCUAGGCUAUGGUCUUAUGGUGCUCCCCCCAAAGUAGCAGCUUUUGCUUGUCUUGUUGGGAAAAAAGAGUCCUUACCAUUGACAACCUCCAAAAAGGUUAAUGGCGAUUCCCAACAUGCGUGUUCUGUGCAUGGCUUAGGGGGAGACGAUCGAUCGUCUCUUUGUGCUCUAACCGUUCACCUGGAAAAUAUGAAAAAGCUUCCAUGUUUCGUUUGAGGUAACAUUGGUGUUGCUGGGGUCAAUAGGAGACCUGUUAAUGGCAUGGCAUGGCAUGGACUCAUGCUUGGAAAGAAAGAAGAGCUCCUGGAGAUUGGUUUUGCUGGCUGGCCUGGCCUAUGGGCAAUUUGGGAGGAAAGAAGCGAUAUAUGCUUCUGGAAUCUUUGUGGACUGGAGGGGGUGGUCUCCAACAAAGUGAAGCCUAUUGUAGUUGAAUUGGCCUCUUCUUUAAAGGAUUUGGAGGAUUGUAAUUUUUCCUUUCUUUUGGGGCUGUACUCCUUUUGGGUUGUUUAUUCUUUGUGCCAACUUGGCGCUAGCUAAUAAAAUUCUGUUAUCUUUCAAAAAAAAAAAAAAAAAAAAAAAAAACUUCUGUGAUUCAACUAUCUAAAAACAAUAUAAAAUUUCUCUUUGAUCCUUAUUUCCUUAGCAUGUGAACUGACAUUGUAGAUUGGUUA